AGCCGCCGCCCGCGCCGCCACCCCCGCCGCCGCCGUCGCCGUCGCCGCCGCCCGGGGCUCCCCCGUCCCUGCGGGGCCAGCAGCAGCUCCAGCCUCCCGCGCCGGGUCUCCUGGCGCGCGAGACCCCAGAGCGGCGGGCCAGGGCGCCCCGGAGGGUGUAGACCGCGCCCCAGGAGGGAGUCAUGAAGACUCUAUGAAACUUGGGUUCUCUCUGGGAACUACAAAAAAUUGAAGGAAAGAAAACUUUCCAAAAGGAAGUUCUCUUGAAAAAAUAUGUUUACAACUGACUGAUACUGUUGACAGCUUUUUUUUUAUUACUAUUUUUUAAAAUAACAAAACACCUGAAGAAGAUUAUAUUUAUGGUAAAAGGAAACUGGACUAACCAUGAGGCCAAAGACUUUUCCUGCCACGACCUAUUCUGGAAAUGGCCGGCAGCGACUGCAAGAAAUCCGCGAGGGCCUGAAGCAGCCGCCCAAGCCUUGCUCUCAGGGGCUGCCCGUGGGACCCAACGGUGAUGCCACCCUGGGGGGCAAGGAUGCUGCCAGGCAGCAGCAGCAGAGAGCCACCCCCAAGUUCGGACCUUAUCAGAAAGCACUGCGGGAGAUCAGGUAUUCCCUGCUGCCCUUUGCCAACGAGUCGGGCACCCCCGCGGCAGCGGAAGUGAACCGGCAGAUGCUACAGGAGCUGGUCAGCGCCGGCUGUGACCAGGAGAUGGCGGGCAGAGCGCUCAAGCAGACCGGCAGCAGGAGCAUAGAAGCCGCCUUGGAGUACAUCAGUAAGAUGGGCUACCUGGAUCCGAGGAAUGAGCAGAUCGUGCGGGUCAUCAAGCAGACCUCCCCAGGAAAGGGCCUGGUGCCACCCCCGGGGACAGUCACACGAAGGCCCAGCUUCGAGGGCGCAGGUGACGGAUUCGCACCCUACCACCCACUGGGCAGUGCCGCGUACGAGGGACCCGCAGCACUGGAGGAGGUGCCACGGCCCUAUGUGGACUUCCUCUUCCCUGGGGCGGCACCCCACAGCAUGCCCGGGCCCCCACACCCAUCCAAGGGCUAUGCAGCAGGUGUGGAGCCAGCGGGGGCACACUUCUCUGGCGCGGCAGGUCCUGCGCUGCCACUGCCUGGCACACACUACAGCCGCGCGCACCUGCUGGUUCCUGGGGAGCCGCUGGCGUAUGGCGUGAAGCGCAGCCCAUCUUUCCAGAACAAGGCGCCACCUGAGGCUGGCGGCUACCCAAGCCUGACUGCCAAAGGUCAGGGGGGCCCGCAGGGUGCCGGCCUCACCUUCCCGGGCCCAGGCACCACGCUGUAUACCCCACAUCCACACCACAAGCAGACCAGCCCCACCAGCCACCAGCUGCACGUGAUGGGCGCCCGGGGCCAGAUGUUCCCGGGUGACAGCCCCCCACAGAGUCUGCUAGCCCCGUCCAGAAACAGCCUCAACUCAGAGCUGUAUGAGCUGGGUGGCAGCCCUGUGCAGGCAUGGCCGGCCACCUCCCUGGCCCGCCGUGACUCCCUGCAGAAUCCUGGCCUGGACGCACCGCGCCCGCACACGAGCUUCCGGCCGGACGGCCCCACGCCCAGCAGGACCAACUCCUUCAACAGCCAGCAGCCACGGGCCGGCCCGACAGUCCAGGCUGAGCCUUCCCUGCCCGCACCCAACACUGUCACUGCUGUCACAGCCGCACACAUCCUGCAUCCGGUGAAGAGCGUGCGGGUGCUGAGGCCUGAGCCUCAGACGGCCGUGGGGCCUUCCCACCCUGCCUGGGUGCCUGGGCCCACCCCAGCUGCAGAGAGCCUGGACACAAAGGACGAGCACACCCUGGCCCUGGGCAGCACCUACCCGCUGGACCUGGAGCUGGGCAGCCCCGACCGCAGGUGUCUUCCCCCUCCCUACCCAAAGCACCUGCUGCUGCCCGGCAAGUCUGAGCAGUACGACCUGGACGGCCUGUGCGCCGGCAUGGAGCAGAGCCUCCGAGGGGGCCCGGCGGCUGAGCCCGCAGACAGGGCCAGCAAGAGCCACAAGGGCAUCAAGGGGGACAAAGUGGGCAAGGACAAAAAGCAGAUCCAGACUUCACCCGUGCCCGUGCGCAAGAACAGCCGAGACGAUUGCGAGAAGCGGGAAUCGCGCAUCAAAAGCUACUCGCCCUGUGCCUUUAAGUUCUUCAUGGAGCAGCAUGUGGAAAACGUCAUCAAAACCUACCAGCAGAAGGUGACCCGGAGGAUGCAGCUAGAGCAAGAGAUGGCCAAAGCCGGCCUGUGUGAAGCGGAGCAGGAGCAGAUGCGCAAGAUCCUGUACCAGAAGGAGUCCAACUACAACAGACUGAAGAGGGCCAAGAUGGACAAGUCCAUGUUCGUGAAAAUCAAAACCCUGGGCGUCGGUGCCUUUGGCGAGGUGUGUCUGGCCUGCAAGGUGGACACGCACGCCCUGUACGCCAUGAAGACCCUGAGGAAGAAGGACGUCCUAGACCGCAAUCAGGUGGCCCACGUCAAGGCCGAGCGGGACAUCUUGGCUGAGGCCGACAACGAGUGGGUAGUCAAACUCUACUACUCCUUCCAAGACAAGGACAGCCUGUACUUCGUGAUGGACUACAUCCCCGGCGGGGACAUGAUGAGCCUGCUGAUCCGCAUGGAGGUCUUCCCCGAGCACCUGGCCCGCUUCUACAUCGCCGAGCUGACCCUGGCCAUCGAGAGUGUCCACAAGAUGGGUUUCAUCCACCGUGACAUCAAGCCUGACAACAUUCUGAUAGACCUGGACGGCCACAUCAAACUGACCGACUUUGGCCUCUGCACUGGGUUCAGGUGGACUCACAACUCCAAAUACUACCAGAAAGGGAACCACGCCAGGCAGGACAGCAUGGAGCCCAGCGACCUCUGGGACGACGUGUCCAACUGUCGGUGCGGGGACAGGCUCAAGACGCUGGAGCAGCGGGCACGCAAACAGCACCAAAGGUGUCUGGCGCACUCGCUAGUCGGCACACCCAACUACAUCGCGCCGGAGGUGCUCCUCCGCAAAGGGUACACACAGCUGUGCGACUGGUGGAGCGUCGGCGUGAUUCUCUUCGAGAUGCUGGUGGGGCAGCCACCCUUCCUGGCGCCCACGCCCACAGAAACGCAGCUGAAGGUGAUCAACUGGGAGAACACGCUCCACAUUCCAGCGCAGGCCAAGCUGAGCCCCGAGGCCAGGGACCUUAUCACCAAGCUGUGCUGUGCUGCCGACUGCCGCCUGGGGAGGGACGGAGCCGACGACUUGAAGGCCCACUCCUUCUUCAGCACCAUCGACUUCUCCAGCGACAUCCGGAAGCAGCCGGCCCCCUACGUGCCCACCAUCAGCCACCCCAUGGACACGUCCAACUUUGAUCCCGUCGAUGAAGAAAGUCCCUGGAGCGAGGCUAGUGAAGGGAGCGCCAAGGCCUGGGACACGCUCACCGCACCCAAUAACAAGCACCCCGAGCACGCCUUCUAUGAGUUCACCUUCCGGAGGUUCUUCGACGACAACGGUUACCCUUUCCGAUGCCCAAAGCCUCCGGGGGCUGAAGCUUCCCAGUCUGAGAACCCAGAUGCAGAACACUCGGAGCUGGGGGAUCAGACCGAGGGCUGCCAGCCCGUCUACGUGUAGCCCAUGCGGCCCUGCCACCAGCCCCUGGAGGGCACCGGUCAGUCCCCUCAUUACGCCAUGUGUUGCUUCUCGGUCUGCUCUUGGCCGUGGAAACCCAAGACAGAAACUCAAGGGACUCGGGUCCAGCCCCGUGCAUGGCUAGACA